UGCAGACGAGGGGCGGUGCUGACACACCUCCUCUCACUGUAAUACUCCAGCUGUGAAUAAGCUCCGUCAGUCCUCGCAGUAAUGGAGAAGUCUUGGGAUCACUUGAGUGUCCUCAGAUAGUAAAUUUAAUCAUGGAGGUUGUGAAGGGAGCAGGGCGCUGACUGCGGUUCUCCCCGCGAUGAGCCGCCGAGCUCCGGGCCUGUGUGAGCGGGGCGUUAGGAGACUCUGGUUCCUGGCUGUGACGGCACUCAUCACCGCUCAGACUACCGCAGGAUCACCGCUGCUCCUGGACCCGGAGGACUUUCUGGAAAAGUAUGGCUACCUCCAUCAUGACUACCACAUCCACAAUGCGGCUGAGGUACAGUCUGCAGUCCGAGAAUUCCAGUGGUUGUCCCGUCUGCCCAUCACAGGCAAACUUGACAGCGCCACCCUGCUGCGGAUGGCAGAGCCCCGCUGUGGGGUGUCGGACGAGGCCAGCCAGCAGAUCUGGGCUCAGAGAGUAAACUUCAUCUUUACUGGACAGAGACCGCCGCAGCAGCUGCGCAGGAGACGCUCCGCUGCAGAAGUUGACAAGUGGUACAAGCGCCACCUGACCUACCAGAUCGUGAACUGGCCUCAGCACCUGUCGCUGGGCUCUGUCCGGCUGGCUGUACGUGCUGCCUUCCAGCUGUGGAGCAACGUGUCGGGCCUGGUCUUCCAGGAGGCUGCUGGUGGACCUGCAGACAUCCGGCUGGCCUUUUAUGAAGGAGACCACAACGACGGGGCCAGCAACGCUUUUGACGGACCAGGGGGAACUCUGGCUCACGCCUUCCUGCCUCGCCGAGGCGAAGCCCACUUCGACAUGGCGGAGAGGUGGACGCUAAACGGCCACAAGGGCCACAACCUUUUUAUGGUGACCGCCCACGAGAUCGGACACACUCUGGGCCUGGAGCACUCCCCUGUUCGUCACGCUCUGAUGUCGCCGUACUACAGGAAGCUCGGCCGAGGGCUGGUUCUGAGCUGGGACGACAUUAUUGCCGUGCAGCAGCUGUACGGUAAACCAUUAGGCGAUCGCCCGGUGAGGUUGCCGGGCCAGGUUUUGCACGCUGCGCUGCAGGAGUGGGAGUUCUCAGAGCUUCAAAGCAGACGCGACACCCCGGGCCUGCCUCUCUACUGCCAGGGCGUCUUUGAUGCCAUCACUAUGGACCAAAAUAAGACAGUGCUGGUGAUUCGGGGCAGCGUAUACUGGACUGUACCGGCUGAAGGGAGCGUAAGUGGCCCGCUGCCUCUCCGUCAGCGCUGGCCCGACCUCCCUCCGGCCAUCGAGGCCACUGCCUUCUCUCCGCCGGACUCCAAGUGGUAUUUUUUCAAAGGGAAGCGGAUCUGGCGCUACACGGGCAGCACGCUUGACCCCAGCUUCCCCAGGAAGAGCAGCGAGCUAGGACUGCCUCGUCACCCUGACAGUGCCUUCUACUAUGCUCCUCUGAGUCACAUGGUCCUCUUCAAGGGCUCCCGUUACUCCGUACUCAACCUUAAAACCUUGCGCCAAGAGCCCUACUACCCACGCAAGCUGGCUGACUGGACUGGCGUGCCGCAGGGGACAAACGGGGCGCUGACCCGUCCAGACGGCCGCCUUUACUUCUUCAAAGAAAAGCGGUUCUGGAGGUUUGACCCAGUGAAGGUGCGAGUCACCAAAGAGGGCCACUGGGCCAAGGACCUGAGCUGGACCGGCUGCAGGAGUGCUCCUCAGAGCAACAACAUCCUUUGACCAGCAGAUGGCGCCGCAGGAUUUAAAGUGCAAUUUGUUGAUGUAUUGUAACACAGAGGAGCUACAGCUUCUCACGUACAGUAUUUACACUGCAGAGCGAUUAGCAUUAUUGUGCAUGGAAGUGUAAUUACAGCCUCAACAGGACUGCACAUCAGCAGCAGCAGCAGUGUUUAAAUUAUAAUGCUCACUCUGGAAUGUGAUGUUCAAUCCCUCCUGAUUGCUAGGGGCCCCAAAUCAAUCAUGACAGAGUGUGAGAGCAGUGCAGGUGAGUCAUCAAUGGCGAUGACGUUUCGGGAUGUCAGUGGGCCAGUUUGAACUCUUGACCACAUCUGAAGAGCCAGAAAAUCAUUUCAGAGACUCGACUGAUUCGGAGCAGCGUCUAGCUGCGUGUCAGAGGUAAAAUAGUAACAUAUGACUAUUUCAAUAUCAUUGCAUUUUUAGUAUCGGCUGGUGUUUUGAGUGAGUGCACUUGUUUCCAAAUGCAGCGGUCUGAUUGGUCAGCUCUCUGUAUUUGAAUCAGAUAAAUCGAGCUUGAGCCUAAAAAUAAAUGCUGAAAAUUUUCCUGCUAAAUUACACGGCCGGUGUGACCAGCUGCAUCAAGAAUGUUUUUAAUGCACACAAUCUGCAUAUGGAUUUUAUGUGUUCUGUGUGUAAAGCAGCUGUAACUAUCUGUGUUUCAACAUUCAAUGAAAGAUGAAAUUAUGUCUGAUCUGGAUUUGAGAAUUCAGCGUAGCAGUGUUAUCAGCUGUGUGAAUAUGCGUCUGGGAUACUUCAAGCAUUCUCACCUACUUCAUUUGCCUGCCUGUAUGUAAACACACACACACAGAGCUGUGAGGGUGCAACGACGUAGCCAUUUUAUUAUUCCAAUCAUUUAUCUUUUAACCUACAUCACUGAACAUGUUACACACUACUUGCUUACAAUACUCGCUUUCUUCCAGUUACAAUUAUUUCCAGUAAACGGUUAAACGCUCUGGCAUUUUCGAGCUCCCCAGCUUGCCUACGGAGAGCAGCCCAGCGGGAAAAACUCUGACCUCAUAAUGCACAAGUGAAAAAACCCAGACUCUAAUUAAUCUGUUAGGUUAAACCGAGAAAGCCUUUUCAAAGGAAAAAAAGAUUAAAGAAAAAUAAGUAA